CUGAGGACAAUUGUGCUGUGGUGAUGAGUUUCUUUAACUUUUUAAAGAUUUAUUGAAACAAUGCAUUUUUAAAAUUGUGAGAAGUAUAUUUUUGGUUUGGAAAGCAUGGACUCAUAAAGUAAUAAUUUUAACCCAGGAUUUAAAUUUGAUCAGGGUGUAUACGAUGGAAACACGUUAACUUACUAAACGCGCUAUUAGAAGAAACGCUUGUAUAUCAUAUUAAAUAUGAAUUAUUCAUUCUCUAUUUAAAUCGGGGUUAAAUGAUAUCAUAAAUAUGUUUAAAAUGCAGAUUAUAGUGCACAAUGUACAGCUAUUUCCAUAGAGACUUGAGACUUAUUUUAACUCUCUGAAAAAAAACGCUUGAAAUAGAAGAAGCGAAAACCACAAACAUUCAAGUAUUUUUGGGGCAAUCAUUAAAAAGAACUGCAAUUGAAAUUAUUUGGCGUGAAGUGCACGAAUAAUAAUGAUUACAGCCCAACGCUGAAUAAAACCCACAUACAGACCGUCAACAAGCGUAGCUUGCAGAAGCGGAAAAUAUGCAACAAGAGAAAGAGUGAAAACACUUAUCCAAAGUCAAGGAAAAAUAUUAUAAAAUACAUUAUAUAUUUGAUACAAGUGUUAAACUGAAAAUCAUAUAGGCUUUUCUGCUUACAAGAGGAGGCACAAUAAAGCUUCCAGAAGAAGCCAAGAGAAGAUAAUUGGAAAAGGAAUGCAUCUGGAACAGUUUCUGAUGGUGAUGCCUAAUAAGACAAAAUGAGAAUAUUGCUGAUCGUGUUCGCGUUAGGAUUUCUUAUUUGCCUAGUAACAUCCAGACCAAGAUUGCCAAGGGAGCCAAUCAAUGUAGUUAUUGACGGUCUGGUGGUCAUUUCGUCUCCAGGCUACGAGACGGAUGAGUACCCGGGGGACACGGAACAAACAUGGGAUUUGCAGGCUCCAGCAGCGAAGAAAGUCCAUGUCUAUUUCGAAGAUUUUGUCCUUGAGUAUCACCCAAAAUGCAUGUGGGACCGUUUAGAAAUAUUUAAUGACAAAUGUAGCAGCAAGGCCAACGACCCAGACACUGUUUUAUGUGGAACAUUGGAUCCAUUUACUUUUAAUUGUUCUGGGGACGCUCUAUGUUUGAAAUUUCAUUCAGACGGGGUCAUCCACUACAGAGGCUUUAAAGCCAUCGUAUCCGCCAUUGAAGAUUAUGAAGAAUCUUCUCAAAGUAAAUCGUCCAGUCCAACACCUGCGUCAACUUCAACUUCUUCUGCUACGACAUCUCAACCAGAACUGACAUCCAUUAUAACAGAACUAAAUGAGCACACAAUAACAGUUCCAACAAACCUUUCAGAAACAGGGACAAUGGGGACUUCAUCUCAAACAAUACCAUCCAACAACAAGCAUUUAUCAUCGACAGAUUCAUCAAACUCAUUUUCUCAUUCAUCAAAUUCAACAGCAAAAUCAACCGCUUCGCAACCAUUAACGAAAACAACAACGGCAUCAUCAACGGCAACUACAUCUAUAUCUUCGGCGGAGAAUUCAACACCAACAAAAACAACGACAAACGCAACAACAAAUGCAGCACCAACUAAAACAAAAUCCACCAAAUUACCGCAAACAUUAACAGAAACAACGCAAACAACGCCAGUCCCCAAUCACAAUCAAGAACUUUUUAGCAGCACAUCUACGUCAGCACUAGGGACGCCUACCUCACCGUUUGUAUCAACUCCGACAUCAGUCUAUAGUACAGGGACGUCCGUUUUGACCACGAAACCGAAGCAAACGGAAAAUCACACUGAUGAUCACACUGUUGCUGAUUUGUACACUUACACAGGAACCAUCAUCAUUUCAGAUACUUCAGCACAUGCAGCGGAAAUCAUAAUGUGUGAAACAACAUUUGUGAAUGUAAAUGAUUUAGCAGAGGUGUUUAUAAAGUCUCCGAUGAACUACAAUGGUCAAUACCCUCUAAGUAAUCAUUGUGAACUGUCAAUAACCAAUGGCCUGCACAAGGAAAUAAUGCUGACGUUUUUAAACUUUAGCAUUGAGUAUCAUAUGUACUGCAACUGGGACUAUGUUCGCAUAUCGGAUGCAACCUCAUCUGUUAAUCUUUGCGGACUUUCAUUACCUACGCCCAUACUGAGUACAUCCGAUGUUAUAACAAUAACCUUCCAUUCAGACCAUAUUAUUUCUGCAAAGGGAUUCUUACUGCAGCUUAGUGCUACCACGGUACGCUCAACUUCCCCUGGUACUAUUCCGGAUAAAAACAAUCAAAAUGCAACUAAAGUAUUUACAACGACAUUAACAGAAGGUUCUACUUACAGUAGUGAAUCAUCUCCUAGUGCAUCUUCUAGUGUUUCAAAUGAUAGUAUUGAUCAAAAUCAGACAACAAACAUGGCGACACAAAAUGAAUUAAUGACAACGCAAGACAGUGCUACAGUGAUUUCUUCAUCAGCACCAGUAACCACCACACCAUUUCUUAACGAUACUGGUUUGUCGGAACAAUCUCCAAUUGAGUCUACUGAAUCAACAUCUUUGGUGACUUUACCAGAUACAUCAAGUGAACAAAACAAUGCCGAAGUAACCACAUCUGAGCAGACAACGAAUUCCACAAACACUUUGGUCCCUCCUAAUAUUACACCAGACAAUCAUGAAAUCGUAGAGUUUUGCAACAAAAGUAAAGUAACAGCGGGGAAAAUAUUGUACAUCGUGAGUCCAGGUUACCUUAACAACCAGAAUUAUCCAAUUGGAAUUACCUGUCAAUUAGAUGUUGAAUCUUUGCAUGAUCAGGAAAUUAAAAUAUCCAUUAGGGAUUUUGAUCUAGAGCUCCAGUCGGCGUGCAAAUGGGACUACCUUUCAGUACAAAAUUCAACUUUCGAAGUAAGAUUUUGCGGAUGGCUAGACACAUUACAGCAAAUAACAAGUUAUUCCAGUUGUUCACCAAAUUAUUUAAGAACGGUGAAUGCGAAGGACAAUCAACAGCUCUGCCUUUUACAAACGGGGACGGAUGUGACACUUAAAGCGACAAAAUCAUUAAGAUUCGUAUUUCGGUCUGACACGGUAAUUUCUAAACGCGGGUUUAAAAUUUCACUAGAAACACUUCAGACUUCGAACGAAGGAUUUGAUCAAACACCAGUUUCUACUACAGCGCAUAAAACAACACCAUCCACGAAUACUACAGCUCAAUCUAUUGACUUUUGGCAGACAUCGCACAAUACAUCACCAUCCACGAAUACAACAGCUGAAUAUAUUGACUCUGGGCAGACAUCGCACAAUACAACACCAUCCACGAAUACAACAGCUGAAUCUAUUGAUUCUGGGCAUAAAUCGCAUAAUACAACAUCAUCCACGAAUACAACAGCUGAAUAUAUUGAUUCUGGGCUGAAAUCGCAUAAUACAUCACCAUCCACGAAUACAACAGCUGAAUCUAUUGAUUCUGGGCAGACAUCGCACAAUACAACACCAUCCACGAAUACAACAGCUGAAUCUAUUGAUUCUGGGCAUAAAUCGCAUAAUACAACAUCAUCCAAGAAUACAACAGCUGAAUAUAUUGAUUCUGGGCUGAAAUCGCAUAAUACAUCACCAUCCACGAAUACAACAGCUGAAUCUAUUGAUUCUGGGCAGACAUCGCACAAUACAACACCAUCCACGAAUACAACAGCCGAAUCUAUUGAUUCUGGGCAUAAAUCGCAUAAUACAACAUCAUCCACGAAUACAACAGCUGAAUAUAUUGAUUCUGGGCUGAAAUCGCAUAAUACAUCACCAUCCACGAAUAUAACAGCUGAAUCUAUUGAUUCUGGGCAUAAAUCGCAUAAUACAUCACCAUCCACGAAUAUAACAACAGUUGGGUAUAAUGACUCUCGACAGACAUCGCACGUUACAUUAAUAUCAAUGAAUAAUAGUAAUGCAACACAUCUAACAACGCCUGAUUCUAUUACCUCUGAACCACUACCAGCUAAUUCAACUGAUCCGAAUAUUGAACACAGUGUAACAGAAGAAAUCACCACAAACUAUCAUAUCAAAACCACCACUACACCAAUCGUCACAUCAUCAACACAAACUGAAGCAGCGAUGCCUACACAAGAAGUUUUUUCAACAAACUUGAUGACCAAGUCUGGUGAAAAUUUAACUACAGAAAUGGAUGAUAUGGCCACGCCAGCGACAUCUAGUUCCUCUUCGAUACCAAGUGUUUCCGGAAUAACAGACUCAUUGUUAACCACAAUACAACGGUUACUGUCUACAACUACGGAGACUACGGUAUCAACAGAAGAUAGUACAGAAACAACGAGCCAUGAAAUGUCAGAGAGUUCUCCGACCCAGAAAACUCUAUUGUCGGGCUGCUCUGCUAACAACCCACCGGAGGAGCUCACAGAGUAUAAUGGAUAUAUUUCUUCUCCUGGUUCUGAUAUUAACUCGGGAUAUCCACCAGACACUGUAUGUAGAUGGAAAAUUCACCUGAACAACGCAAAAUUGAUAGUAGUUGUCUUUGAAAUGUUUGACAUAGAAGACGGCGAAAAAUGCCAAUACGACAAACUUGCUUUUUAUAGCAUUUCUGGGGACGAAAGUGAAAAUAAAAUGCUCGCUUCUUAUUGUGGUUCAAACUUACCGCCAACCUUACAUACUACAGAGAACCUGCUUGUAGAGUUCACAUCAGAUCUAAUUAUUCAGAAGAAUGGCUUUCGCUUACGAUUUUAUAAAACACAAAAUGAAGCAGGUAAAAGUCAGAGCUGCUCCGCGGGCCGGGUACCGUGUGGCAGCGGGGAGGAGUGUGUGCCACAGGAAUGGCGCUGUGAUGGCACGAUCGAUUGUGCUGACGGCAGCGACGAACAGUAUUGUUCGACAUGCACUGAAAACCAGUUUCAAUGUAGUAAUGGGAGUUGCAUACGUCUACAACUACGAUGUGACGGUCAAACACACUGUCCCUUUAACGAGGACGAGACUGGAUGUGUCACGCUUUCCGAUGGAUGGUCUGGUGGUGUUGCAGUGCAGAUAGGAGGAGAGGGCCACAAACUGUGUUUCAGCCAGAGUAUGGCCAAUGGGAGCACAGCUCUAUGCAGACAGGCUGGAUUAAGGUAUGCAACCGAAGUAACAGCAAUUAAAAUAACAGAACACACUGGAAAGUUUGCUUCAAUAACAGAUCAUGGAGGAAACAUUUCAUUUACGUCAUGCGAAUCCUGUGACCUAGACAAAACAACGCUCCUUGCGUGUUCGGAUGAAGGCUGUGGUCAAAAGUCUAAUGAAUAUAGAAAGAAGAGGGUUAUAGGCGGAUCGGUGUCCGCAAAGGGUGAAUGGCCGUGGAUAGUUGGGCUCAGAAUUGGAUCCGGCAAUGUUAUUUGCGGAGGUUCAAUAAUUGGAGAGUCUUGGGUUUUAACUGCCGGACAUUGUGUGAAUGAUCUCGCUCAAAAUCCUCAGGAGGUAUCUAUUGUUUCUGGUGUGAGCGAUAUUAAUGAUGACUCGCGUCAAGUGAGAUUUGCAUCUGAGAUUGUAAUACACCCGGAUUACAACUUCAUCUACAAUGCUGAUAUUGCUCUUAUUCGCCUUCAACGUCCUUUUACGUUUACAAGCGAUAUAAGGUCAAUAUGUUUGCCUUGGGACAAAAGGCAAUUUUCACCGGACUCGAACUGCUUUAUAGCAGGCUACGGUGUAUGGGACAUGAAAGAUUAUUAUACAACUAUUGCUCCACGAUUUCUCCGACACGUUCGUAUAAAGGUGAUCAGCCAUAGCACCUGUGGAGAACUCUACUCUUAUAAGACCUACAUCCGAGACAGCAUGAUGUGUGCUGGGUACACGGGGGGAGGAAUCGACGCCUGCAAGGGUGAUUCGGGAAGUGGUCUAAUGUGUGAGGUGGACAAUGGAAGGUGGACAUUGGCCGGAGUGGUCAGUUGGGGCGAUAUGUGCGGGCAGACGAACAGGCCUGGAGUCUACACCAGCGUCACAGCGUUUGUCGACUGGAUUGAUGAAGUGACUGUUGAUACCCAACCAACGGUGAACUGCACGUUUGAAGACGGAUGGUGCGGUUAUACUGAUGCAUCAAGUGGGGACUACUUUUGGACAAGGCAACCAGCAGACAAGUUCAUCAAGGGAAUGGUUCUGUUUGCCGCAAGACCACACUCUAGUUCACCAAAGCCAGCAAACGCAACGCUAAUAACGCCAAAAUUUUCAAACAACGAUCCAAAGUGUCUAAGUUUCAACUUCAUGUUCAGCACAAACUCGAAUCUAACAUUUUCGGUCUAUGGUUUAAGCAAAGAAAACGAAAAUCCUACAGAAAAUGAAAGAAGCAAGGAUCUGAUUUGGCAAGUAACUAGUCAUUAUCGCUCGUCAAAUACUUGGAGGUCAACAGAAGUCUUUAUACCAAGGAAAACAGUUCAGUUGAUGAUGAACGUUUACCAUGACCAAGGCACUGUGUUUGGCCUUGGAUUAGACAAUGUUACACUAAGCGAUGGCCAGUGUAUAGCGAACGAGUUUCUAUCAUGUGAUUUUAGUGAUAGAAACUCCUGUCUCUUUACCGAGUCUACGGAUAGAAAUGCCGUUUCCUGGAUGUUGAAAUCCAAUGACAAAAAUGGUAACUAUAUCGUGGCAGGAGGCAACAAGUCAACAUUUGGUUUCAUGGCAAUCUCACAGUUAAUUUCACCACCACUUACAUCACUGUUUACUGGACUUCCCCAUUGCGUGCAUUUUAAAGUGAACAAGUUCAGUAACUCUACGGCGAAUUUGAUUCUAGCAACAUAUGUGUCCAUCGGUGGUACGUUAAAUAACCAGAAAAUAUUCUGGACGUCGGAAAUUUUACCGACCCUUGUUUGGACCUCAGUAAAAAUAACUGUUCUGCCACAGACAAUGGACGAAUAUUUUGAUCACGUGGUUUUUGAAAUUCGGAGGCAACACUAUGCAACUGAUUUAAUUCAGUUUGGUCUCGAUGACAUCUAUGUCACAGAUGGGAUAUGUGUGUAAUAUUUGGUUUUAUCUAAGGAUAAAACAUAUGACAAUAUGCGGACAGGUCAAUCGAGAUACUGAGAAACUGUUUAAAUGUUAAAUCUCAAAUGUGCCAACCCACUUUGCCUUUUCAUUGUUUUCUACACUUUUUGUCUUUCAGAUGAUUAGUGCUCAUAAAUUUGCUUUCAUAUUCAUCAAAUUGCCUUAUAUAAUUCUAAUACACUGUGUAUUUUGUUUACUAGAUGAAUUACUAAUAUUAUCAUUAUUAUUAUUAUUACUAAUAGUUUUCGAAUGAAUUGCUCAACCACUCGAAAACGAGUGUUAUGUACUAUAUUUGGUGUUCUUAUAUUUGUGCAUUGCUUUCACGUUGUUAAUGAUUAUUGUGAAUUAAAAAAUUGAAAUGG